AGCAAUUACCACAACAUGAUACUGCAUCAACGACAUCUAUCCAAAUUUUAUAAGAAAUGUUUGCACAAUAACAAUAACAACUAAAAAGACUUAAAAAUUUCCCCAUCUAAAAGGAAAUUUAAUAAACAACUAUAAAAAACAACAACAUAAUCUAAAAGAGGGCGUGGAUCGCCCUCUUUCCAAAAGACUACAAGAGACUAAAAAACAGAAGCAUAAAAAACGAAGACUUUUUUUACUCUAUAAAAAAUCAUCCCAUAAGAAAAAAAUAUGUCUACCAUUAAAACAGAAAAUAUCACAACAGGAGCAGCAGCCGGAGGAGGAUGUGGUGGUGCAGUGGUCACCACGACAACAACGGCGGCAGGCACAACAUUUCAAUUACCCAUAAAUAUGAGCUAUACAGCAGUUACGGGUGGUAUAACAACGACAACUUGUACCACAACCACUACCAGGAAUAAUGUAUCGGUGACAAAUAUUAAGUGUGAAGUGGAGGAGGGAGGUAAUUCAUCGUCUUCGACCAAUGGCAAUAUUGUUUCAGUGGGUUUUUAUAAUGGUUCUUCUAGAGCUAUAAGUGGGGCUAGUGUAAUAACAGCAAGUCAUGGUAUACGUAUACCAGUGACUAAAGCAGAGGAUUCGGACUCAGAGACGGAACUAACAAAUAUAGAAAAUUUAAAGGUGACACGAAGAGUGGCCAGUUCUUCUAGUUCUGUACACAAUCAUCAUAAUGGCCCUAGGCCCAUGUCUUGGGAGGGAGAAUUAUCGGAGAAUGAAGAUACUAGGGAAGCGGAGUUAAUGGAUACCGAUACUACCAUGAGCAAUGGAGGUGGUGGUGGCGGCUUGCAGGAACCCUCAAAUGCGGUGGCUGUUAUAAAAAGUGAAGCUACUACCACUACACCCUCGUCUGCGGGAGGAUCCUUAAUUAAAACGGAUACCGAGCAGCUAAUGUUGGACAUGCAGCAUGCGGCUGCUGCGGGAGGAAUAUACCAUCCCAAACUAAAGUUGGCACCCACACAAAGUGAUCCCAUUAAUCUGAAAUAUGAGCCACCUGAUCAUGCAGCUUUAGUUAACUCUCCGCUAAUGGCCCGCCAGAAAUCUACCACAGCUUUGCCUCAUUUACCUGCCAAUCCCAGUCCAGAUUCUGCCAUACAUUCCGUUUACACCCACAGCUCUCCCUCCCAAUCGCCCUUGACAUCACGGCAUGCCCCCUACACUCCUUCACUAUCGCGCAAUAACAGUGAUGCUUCUCAUAGCUCUUGCUAUUCAUAUUCCUCGGAAUUUAGUCCCACACACUCACCCAUACAGGGUCGACAUCCCGCCCCACAUGGGGUGUAUGGUAGUUUUAAUGGAGCCACGGCCAAUAGCUUACAACAUUCCGCUUUACUCUACCGACCCAUGAUGGGUACUACGCAAUCUGUCCAAUCGACAAAAUUAGAUGCUGCUACCAGUGAGGUGCAAAAUUUAUCUAUGGAUGCCUCUUCAUCGUCCUCGUCUUUUAACAUGACCAGCGAUUCUUCCGGCUUACCCGCCUCUCCGGCCGCUGGUAUUUCCCGGCAGCAGUUAAUCAACUCUCCCUGUCCCAUUUGUGGUGAUAAAAUAUCGGGUUUUCAUUAUGGCAUCUUUUCAUGUGAAUCCUGUAAAGGUUUCUUUAAACGUACCGUCCAAAAUCGUAAGAACUAUGUCUGCGUGCGGGGAGGUCCCUGUGCCGUCAGCAUUACUACACGCAAAAAAUGUCCUGCCUGUAGAUUUGAGAAAUGUCUGCAAAAAGGCAUGAAACUGGAAGCUAUAAGAGAGGAUCGUACUCGUGGUGGACGCUCAACUUAUCAAUGCUCUUACACUUUGCCCAAUUCCAUUAUGAGUCCUUUGCUAUCACCCGAACAGCAGCAGCAGAAUGCUACACAAAAUCUAAUGUCCAGCCAACAGCAGCAACAACAUUCACAAUUGCAACAUCAACUGCAGCAACGUUUAAAUCCUCCCCUACAGUCGCCUCACCAAUCCUCCAAUGGUUAUGGUGGCGGACAAACUUCCAGCACUACCAUCAAAACCGAGCAAACAGAUCCUUAUGGCAAGAAUCUCUCCUCGGCUCACUCACCUUCUUUAAAUGGUUUAAAUUCAUCGUCACGUUUACAUUCUCAUAAUGCCUCCUCUUCCUCCUCCUCCACCACCUCCGCCUCCUCAUCUAAUUCGCUGCAUCACAACAGUAUUCCCCAGCUAUUACAAGAAAUCAUGGAUGUUGAACAUCUUUGGCAAUAUACCGAUGCCGAAUUGGCUCGUCUCAAUCAACCCUUGACCUCUUCGUCCAGUUCAGCUUCACUCAAUUCCAAUUCAACGGAUUCUUCAGCAGCUGCCAAUCAAAUGACCAAUCCACUGCUGGCCAGUGCUGGUCUAUCGUCUAGCACCAAUCCCGAUUUGAUAGCACAUCUGUGCAAGGUGGCCGAUCAUCGUCUGUAUAAGAUUGUUAAGUGGUGCAAAAGUUUGCCGUUAUUUAAGAAUAUAUCGAUUGACGAUCAAAUUUGCCUGCUCAUCAACUCAUGGUGUGAACUUUUACUUUUCUCCUGUUGUUAUCGUUCGAUCGAUACACCGGGAGAAAUUAAAAUGUCACUGGGCAAAACAAUAACACUGCCACAGGCUAAAUUAACUGGUUUUCAGCCCUGCAUUGAAAGAAUGCUGAAUCUGACAGAUCAUUUAAGACGUCUACGUGUUGAUCGUUAUGAAUAUGUUGCUAUGAAAGUUAUUGUACUGCUGCAAUCUGAUACUUCCGAAUUACAAGAACCCGUUAAGGUUAGAGAAUGUCAAGAGAAGGCUUUGCAAAGUUUACAGGCCUAUACAUUGGCCCACUAUCCCGAUUGUCCAUCGAAAUUUGGUGAAUUAUUAUUGCGCAUACCCGAUCUACAGAGAACUUGUCAGCUGGGCAAAGAAAUGCUGUCUAUUAAGUCACGUGAUGGUGGUGACUUUAAUUUAUUAAUGGAACUCUUAAGAGGAGAACAUUGACAAAUGCCUUUUAUAAUAAUUUUAAGCACAAACAAUUUUAUUAUAAAUAUUUACCAUUUCAAAAUGGUAUUUCCAUAUAACACUAUCACUCUCUCUCUUACUCUUAUUAAAACAAAUUUUGUUUUAAUAGAAACAUGAAAAACAUAAAUUUUUUAUUGUUUAGUAUUUUUUUUUAAUUUUUAUAAAAUUUAAGCUUAAAAAAACAACAAUUUUUAUAAAAUAUAUUAAGGUAAAAUAAGUUUAAUUUUAAAUAUUAAUUAUAAUUAUAAAAUUAAAGAAAAUGUGCCUAAUAAAAAAACAGAACUUAAAAGAAACUGAUUUAUUAUAAUUGAAAACAAAAAAAAAAACUAAAAUUAAAAUUGUAAGAAAAAUUUUAAAUAAAAAGAAAUUUUG